CGACAGCCUUGUAACUUGGAGUGUCAUCAGCUGUCCGCUGCCCGGCUGUCUUCUGUCCGGCCGUGGUCUACGCGCUGGCUACUGCUACUCCUACUUCUGAUAUCGACGUCGGGGACGGGGCGGAGCGGAGACAAGUUGUCUGACAACCGGCCUAGAGUGUUUGCCAGUCACUCGCGGCUCGCCCACUCCGUGGACUGCGUUCUGACCCCUCUGACCUCGACCGUCUUAAACCGUUCUUGGGAAACUUGAACUCGUUCAAAAUGUCCAAGGUUUCGUACAGCCAACAGUUCAUCAUUGGCGGUAGUGCAGGGAGUCUGGCUACUUGCUUUGUACAUCCUAUGGAUGUUGUUAAAAAUCGGAUGCAGGUUAGCGGUAUCGGUUCGAAAGUGAAGGAACAUAAGACCAGUUUCCAUGCAAUGCGAGCAAUUCUUAAGAAUGAAGGACUAACGGCAAUGUAUUCUGGUUUGACUGCUGGACUUCUGAGACAGGCCACAUACACAACAACAAGAUUAGGUGUCAACAACAUCUUGACUGAUGUAGCAACGAGUAAUGGAGUAAAACCAAACUUCAUGCUGAAGUUGAUGGUUGGUGCGACUGCUGGUGUCGUUGGUUCCUUUGUAGGAAAUCCUGCCGAGCUUGCUUUAGUUCGCAUGACUACAGAUGGGAGACUACCCCCUGCUGAGCGCAGGAACUAUCGCAAUGCCAUAGUGGCUCUUGUUCGCAUUGUUCAGGAAGAAGGAUUUCUCGCUCUCACAAAAGGAGCAGUGCCCACUAUGGGCCGUGCUGCUGUUGUGAAUGCAGUACAACUUGGAACUUAUGGGGAGGCCAAGGAGCGAUUCCUUGAAACUGGCUACUUUCAAGAGGGUAUCAAACUUCACUUCUGCGCAAGUAUGAUAUCUGGGCUCGCCACUACUAUUGCAUCCAUGCCACUUGAUAUUGCCAAGACUAGGAUUCAAAAUAUGAAGGUGAUUGAUGGUAAACCUCAAUUUUCUGGCACUGCAGAUGUUCUCAAGAAAGUUGUUGGUCAAGAAGGAGUAUUUGCCUUGUGGAAGGGAUUCACCCCUUACUAUGCCCGUCUGGGACCCCACACUGUCCUCACUUUCAUAUUCAUGGAACAACUAAGGAAACUGUUUUAGGUCCAAGAGUGAAGUGGGUUCCAGCAGUAUGACAAAUAGUGACAGUAUUUCAGCUUUUCUGCUACACUGUUGCUUUGUUUUUGGUGCAUUUUUGUUUUUGUCUAGAAGAUUCUAUUUUUGUGGUUGGAUUUUUAAAAAGUAAUUUGCCCCCUGUACUCUUGCCUUUGUUACGUUUUUGUUAAAUUUAUUGACAUUCACAUUCCAUUUAUUGUUUUGAUCACUGUGUACAUAUUUGUACUUAGAACUUUGCAUUUUUAUUGAACAUUUUGGUCCUCUACUGUGUACUUUUCUUACUAAUGUUUGUUCAAUUGAAGGUGUGUUAACAUAGUUGGGCUAUAUUUGGUCUAGUCAUGUUUAAAUGAGUAUGUAGGGAAUAAGUAACAAACCAGAGUCAACUAUUUAUUGAAAACUUGGUUACCUUUUUUUAAAAAUGCGCUUGCUAUUUUUUAACACUUUAUUUUAAUUCCAUCUAGAGGGGAGAGGGGUCAUAUUUUGUGCAUGUGUCAAAUGAGGCUGUACCUGGAUUUACAUAUUGUCGACAAUAAAUAGAUAAUUAUA